AGGGCAACAGGGAGCGCACAGGCACCUGUCUCGCGUGCGGUCUUUAUCUCGGUUUAUUUAUCUGAAUUGCUCUAUUAUCACGAUCGGUGUAGGACUAUAAUGACAUUGUUAUUAAACAAUGUGAUGGGAAAGCUAUUCGGAUUUAGACUUUUACGGACACAGAAGGCAGUGGAUGUAGCACAUGCUUUUCUUAGUGAUUGAUUCGGGUUUUUUUCCUCAGUGAGAGGACCUGUGCUGCCGAGAGGUAUUCUGCACGCACCUGCUGACAAUACAAUUGAAACUGUGGAUACAUUUCUGGAUUAUCAGUAGACAUUAUUUUUUUCUGAUCAACGGAAUUGGAUUUAAUCUAUGCUUCUUGUAUCUUAACUUCAGAGCAUUCUCCGCUGCCGAGCUCGCAUCGCACCGUGUGUCAGACACAAUGGAUGUUACGGCGACAGUCCUGCUCCUCUCGCUAGCUGUCCCGGUACUACUGUCGGCGGACAGCGUGGGCAGCAAGGCGCGAAGCUGCGCUGAUGUUCGUCAGUUCUACAGCGGCAAGGGUUUCACGUUAAAUGGAGUUCCUCAAAGCGAAAUAUCUGGUGAGCACCUGCGUGUGUGUCCUCAGGGCUACACGUGUUGUACCAGUGCCAUGGAGGAGACGCUUGUGGCUCUGAGUCGCCGAGAGCUGGAGGGGCUUGUGAGAGAGGCGGGGAGAUCCAUCCAGGCGACGCUCAACGCACAGUACCGCAGCUUCGACACAUACUUUUUGGAGCUGCUGGACGGUUCUGAGCGCUGGCUGGAGUCGGAGUUCCCGGAGGCUGUGGGCGGGCUCUACGAGCGGAACGCGGGACUGUUCCGUGAUCUCUACGGAGACCUGCGGCGGUUCUACCGCGGUACCCCGCUGAGCCUGGACGAGGCGCUGGACGACCUCUGGACUCGGCUGCUGGAGCGCCGCAUCAAGGCCACGCCCAACAUCACCAUGGCGACCGACGGUCUGACGGAUGACUUCCUGGAGUGCGGCGUGAAGCAGGCGGAGGCCCUGCAGCUGUACGGAGAGGCCCCGCGCCAGAUGAAGACGGCGCUGGUCCCGACACUCAUCACCGCGCGCGCGUUCACACAGGCCCUGACCAGCGCAGGAGAGGUGGUCCGCAAAGUCUCACAGGUUCCCCUGAGUGCUGAGUGUAAUCGCGCCAUUAUGAAGCUGGUGUAUUGUGGUCAGUGCCGUGGGCUGGGCGGUCUGAAGCCGUGUCCCAACUACUGCACUAACGUCAUGAAGGGUUGCCUCGCCAACCAAGCUGACCUGCAGGCAGAGUGGGAAAGCCUGAUUGACGCUCUGCUCGAGGUGGCCGCUAGCUUCGGAGCGUCCCCAGGCCUGGACUCGGCUCUCUUCUCCAUCCCAGUGCGCAUCUCUGAAGGACUGCUCAGCCUCCAGGACGGCAUGGAUACUUUCAGAAGCAAGGUCUGGCAGGCGUGUGGGACUCCAACAGUAGAACCGACUGAGAGUGCAGGCUCUGAAGACAGGAGGAAGAGGAGCAUCACAGUCCUGCAUUACAAAUCCAGCUCCACUGCUGCUGUUCGUCUGGAAGUGCAGGUGUCUGAUGUGUCCAGUAAGCUGAAGGAGAUGCUGCAGUUCUGGCUGCAGCUUCCAGCCGCCCUCUGCAAGAGCAAAGCUGCCAGCAGCACCGACAGGUGUUGGAACGGCAACACUAAGGCCAGGUACCUGCCGGAGGUGAUAGGCGACGGCCUGGCCAGCCAGAUCAACAACCCUGAGGUGGACGUGGACAUCACCAAGCCGGACAUGAGCGUCCGGCAGCAGAUCAUGCAGCUGAAGAUCACCACCAGUCGCCUGCUUACGGCUCUUAGUGGACAGGAUGUGGACUUCCAGGACAACAGUGAUGACAUCAGCGGUUCAGGAAGUGGUCUGUGCUUAGGCCAGGCCUGUGUCCACUCUCGGGUGCUGGUCUCCAGGGGCAACAGGCCAAGGUACUACACCCCUGAGAACAAGAGAGUGAAAGGAACAGCCAAUCAGGGCCUUCCGUGUAACAACCUCGUCCUGCUCUCAUUGGCCAGCGUGGUGCUGCUCAGGCGGUAAUGGGCAGGCCUUUGGAGGGCCAGGACUGUUUUUUUUUGUUUCCAUGUCAGCGAGGGUUUUUUAGUUCCCACGGUGGGA